AUGAAACCAUCUCCUGCCAAAUUGCAAUUGGUGUUUGAAGAUCAGAGAAAGCAAAUUGUUAUGUUGUGGCAUUUGUGUCACGUGUCGCGCGUGCCUCGCGCUCAAUUCUAUUUUCUCUUUAAGGGGGAUCCUUCUGACCAGAUAUACAUGGAAGUUGAACUGAGAAGACUGACAUGGUUGGAGCAGCAUUUAGCCGAUCUCGGCAAUGCCAGUCCGGCGCUUCUGGGUGAUGAUCCCGCGAGCUUUGUAUCAUCAAGCAUCAGGGCACUUAAACAAGAGAGGGAGUAUCUGGCAAAGCGAGUGAGCAUAAAACUGAGUGCAGAAGAAAGGGAAAUGCUGUAUUUGAAAUGGAAUGUCCCACCAGAAGGGAAAGGGAAGCCAAAAAGGAGGCUUCGACUGGGAAACAAGCUUUGGACAGAUCCAUUGGAGAUGCCGCACAUUAAGGAAAGUGCAGAAAUUGUUGCAAAACUUGUAGGGUUCGGUGACAGUGGAGAAAAUGCGUCCAAGGAAAUGUUUGAGCUCAACUUUUUCUCCCCUUUGUGA